AUGUCAACCGGGGAGAUGGCUCGGCAGCCAGCCCACAGGCGAUCGCGAACCGGCUGCUACACGUGCAGAUUUCGCAAAGUCCGGUGCCAGGCAGUCAGGCAAUCACCUGCUGGGAACAAUAACGAAGAGCCGGGCGACUGUGCCAACUGUCAGAGGCUUGGAUUCCAGUGUCGAUGGCGACCUCCUCCGCCGGGGGAACAAUAUGAUCCGCCACCCAAACGUCGGCGAACUACUGGACGCAGAGUCCGUGGCGACAGGAAUGAGGUAGAAGCAAGCGCAUCUACAUCUGUCCUAGAUGACGGGGCACUCGCUGUCCAUGAAGGAGAUGCGAUCCGGUCUGCGGAAGUCGCCGAGAGUCCCAAGGCCCUGCUGUCAGAGCAACCAGCUGAGGACAAUCAAAGCAUGAGGGCUGAGGAGAACUUCUUUGAUCCCGACUUCACCCUCGACUCUGGGUUUCUGGACUUGAACCUAGCAGGGGAAGGCCUCGAUUUUAUCCCCUUGCCUGCCGUGGAUACGUCCCUCUGGGCUGAGUCCAUCUACGACGAAGCAUCCAUGCAAUGGCCGUCGCCCUUAGAUAUUUCCGAAAUGGCACAGCAGUUGGAAGACAAUCCCAAUACUUCCACGCUCAGAGACCAAGACGAUUUAUCUGCUUCUGUCACAGACCGGAACCGCCAUUUGAUCCAGCAUUAUCUCGAAGUCAUAAAAGGAUACUCGAAAGUAGAUGAACGGUCAAAGGAGACCAACAACCUCUUCAUCUCCGCCUUCUCUCGCUCCCUCUCAUUCCCACCACUAUUCUAUGCCAUUCUUGCGUUCUCGGCUUCUCAUAUUUCGAUGGAAGACGAUUCCCACCGAGAGCAGGCCGCCAAAUUCGACCGCCUAGCCGCAGAGUCGUUCCGGCAGUUUAAGUCAACACACGAAACAGAGGUGGACAGUUUGCUUUCCGCCCUAUUUGUGCGCAUCAAGAUGAUCCACGUCAUGGGCGGCAGCGUCGAAGCUUUUCUAAAGCUAAUUGACGAAGCAAUCGAUAUCCUCACGUCUGUGCAUGGCUUACGGGCUUUGGGGGACACUUCUGCUUUAGCUUGGCGCAUCAUCGUACGUAUCGCCAUUCUAGAUGCCCGCGCCUCUUGCUAUCGGUUAGGCGGUGGUAAAUUGAUCAAAGCACUGAGAAAGGUUCCUUCCUUCUCAUUUCUUUUCAGCUCUGGCUCAACUGAUGCCCCCUCGCUCGGCGCGGUGGUCAAUUUGCUCCGAGCAGACAUCUUCCGGACGAGAGUGGCUGAAAUCGACUUGCAACUCCACCAACAAAUACAAAGCGAGUUCAUAACAUCCACUCCAAUGCGCACCGAAGUCGUCCGAAAUCUAUAUUCGGAUAUCCAGAACGAGAUUCAGCGCUGGGAGCGCCAUAUUCGUGACACGAGCCGAAAUAGGGGGCUUGGUGAUGUGAAUACAGGCAAUGACUCCCUUGAUUCGACAACCUACGGAUCUUAUGCAGUUUUCACCGCUCUUCAUUCCUCGCUAUUAUAUCUCCAUCAUAUUUUUCCCUUAUCAAUGUGUCACCAAGAUACUUCAAUCUCAACGAUCCUCCGUUACCAGCUCAAGGUCGAUCAAGACGUUUCUCGCGCCGCAUCACCAUCUUCAAUCUUGCCGUCGUCUUUAUUUGUGGCCGGGCUACUCACGACAGACCCAAUUCACCGUGACUGGGUCGUCAAGAUACUCAAAAAGGGCGAGAGAUGGGGGCUGUAUAUUCAGAAAGCGCGCAAGCUCCUCGAAGCAAUAGCAAGGAUGCAAUCCGAGGGUGCCUUUGUGAGCGUUUACGACGCCAUGUCCCAAAUCACUGAACGAUUUAUUAUUUAA